AGCCACCGUAUCUACAAACAUCCCAUCCAGGUCUGCCAAAUUAUGCUCCAUUGUGACCUUUGCUAGCUGCCUAGAUAGCUCAUGAAUGAGAGAGAGAAUUUUGUGAAGGACUUUUUAGUUUUUAGGACGAGUUUUUUGCGUAUGUCUAUCGGAGAGAGAAAACUGACUCUGUGACUACAUGUGAAUGUGUAUUGCUGCACCAGCAAGCAGCUGGCAGUGUGGCUAAGCUAGUAGUAGACUAGCUAGCAGCUUGAUAGAAACAAGAAACGACAGGGUGAGCAUUGAGCACACACAACACUAUGGAUAUGGAGAUGCAGGCCAACGCCGCCGCCACCAGUGGGCAAGAGGGCGACCUCGCCGACGUCGUGGCCCGCGCCAAUAUUGCAGUGGCGUCGUCCUCCACCAGCCAUCACCAACCACGACCACCUCCACCACCUCCUCCUGCGUCAGCUCACAAAAUGGUCCCUUACGAGGAGCAGCAGCGGCGGCCUAUGAGCGUCGCUUGCGGCGUCGGCGACGCGGCGAUGUUAGAGGCGGUGCUACUGCCCACGGUCGUCCUCGAUCCGUACCUACUGCCACCGACAGGCUCGUAUGGGCUGCCGCAGCAGCAGCACCACCAGCAACCUCUGGCUUUCCAGAUCUCUGAGCACGCGUGCUGUGGCGCCUCUGCUGGGGAUGUCGACGCUGGCGAAGACGCUAUAAAGAUCUCGCCACCAUCUGCUCAUGCUCAUCAGAUGAUAAACAGUGAUUGUGUUAUGCCUUGCGAGCAUAUCCCAUAUUCCAGAAAGAACGAUGUGAGGAAGGUGGUUUGCAUUCCGGCGCCACCAGCGAUGAGCAACCGGGCGGGUGGAGGUGGAGAGGUUAUUCCAUCUGAUCUAUGGGCAUGGAGAAAGUAUGGCCAGAAACCCAUCAAGGGUUCUCCUUAUCCAAGGGGUUACUAUAGAUGCAGCAGUUCCAAGGGUUGCAUGGCCCGGAAGCAAGUGGAGCGCAGCCGCAGCGACCCCAACAUGUUGGUCAUCACCUACACGGCGGAGCACAACCACCCUUGGCCCAUGCACCGCAACAUCCUAGCCGGCUAUGCUCGGGGUCAUAGCACCGAUGUCACUACGUCCGCUGCCAAGAAGCAAAAAAUUACCAGCUUCACUGAUAACGUCGCAAGCUCAUCACCUUCGAACCAUAAUAAUUUUCUUCCGGAGCAAAAUGUGAUGGGCUGCGGUAACCAGACAGCCUCUAACUCAAUGGUGGUGGCGGUGGAUGGGGAUGGAUCCACCGGCAUUAGGGAGGGUGGUGGACUGAUGUAUGAAUUGGCCAGCAAUGGAGUUGUCCAGCCUGAUGAGGUUUUUGCAGAGCUGGAGGAGUUGGAGCCUGAUAAUAGUUCCCUGCUAGUCAAUGUGAACGUAUACUCCAGGGGGGUAAGUAGUAAUUACGAGUGGCACAAGUUAUGAUCAUACUUCUAAUGAAUCAUCGUCAGCCGGCUUUGAUAUA